GUUUAACCCGCCCGCCUCAUUACACUGCAAAGCAGCUCAGAAGAACGAGCGAAUACAUUUCAUUUCACAGCAAUGGAGGUUGAAGAUGGCGGUGGCGUUUCGAAUUGUGUGAUUCAACUGAGGGACGGUCCCCAGAGGCUGAGGGAGAAGGUCUACGUUGGCUGCGGGGCAGGGUUCGGAUGCGAUAGGCCAUCUGCGGCACUGAAGUUGCUGCAGAGAGUUCCCGAGUUGAACUAUCUCGUCCUUGAAUGCUUAGCGGAACGCACUCUUGCUGAUCGCUUCCAAGCUAUGGUCUCUGGCGGCGAUGGCUAUGAUCCUCGUAUUUCUGUUUGGAUGUCUAUGCUACUCCCUUUAGCAGUGGAGAGAGGGACUUGCAUUAUAACAAACAUGGGUGCAAUGGAUCCUAUUGGGGCACAGGAGAAAGUUCUGGCUAUUGCUAGAGAAUUGGGGUUUGGUGUUUCCGUUGCUGUUGCCCAUGAGGUUUCCUACACUGGAUCAGGUAUAAUAUGUUGCUUCUGGGGACUCACUAGGGAAGACAUCGUUGGAAGGUGUAAGAAUCUGGGUAUUAGCACCUAUCUUGGAGCCUCUCCCAUCGUCCAAUGUCUUGAGAAGUACCAUCCAGAUGUUGUAAUUACUUCACGGGUUGCGGAUGCUUCCUUGUUCUUAGCACCAAUGGUUUAUGAACUUGGCUGGGACUGGGAUGACUUAGAUAAGCUAGCUCAAGGAUCUCUGGCAGGCCAUCUCUUAGAAUGUGGUUGCCAACUCACUGGGGGAUACUUCAUGCAUCCAGGUGAUAAGUAUCGCGACAUCUCCGUCACUUCUCUAUUAGAUGUUUCUCUUCCUUAUGCUGAGAUAUGCCACAAUGGUGAACUCUGUGUGGCAAAGGCUAUUGAUAGUGGUGGGGAAUUAAGUUUAAAUACUUGUGCCCAACAACUCCUUUAUGAGGUUGGAGAUCCAUCUGCUUAUGUCACCCCCGAUGUGGUAAUUGAUCUUCAGGACGUUUCAUUUCACUCAUUAUCAAGUAGUAGAGUUCUUUGUACUGGAGCUAAACCCUCGACCACAUUGGGACCUGAAAUGCUCCUGCGUUUGAUUCCCAGGGAUUGUGGAUGGAAAGCAUGGGGGGAGAUAUCCUAUGGGGGAUACAAGUGCGUGGAACGUGCUAAAGCUGCUGAGUAUCUGGUCCGUUCUUGGAUGCAAGAGGCAUGCCCUGAUGUUGAUUGCAAAAUAGCAUCGUAUAUUAUUGGGCUUGACAGUCUCAAGGCAACCGCCAUCCAUGCUGAUGCUUCAGCACUGAACAGUGAAGACAUCCGGUUGCGCAUGGAUGGACUAUUUGAGUCGAAAGAUCACGCAAUCCAAUUCACACAUGAGUUCACUGCUUUGUAUACAAAUGGACCUGCUGGAGGCGGUGGCAUUAGCACUGGACACAAGAAAGAUAUAAUUCUCGGGAAGGAACUGGUGGCCCGUGAAAAUGUCUUCUGGCGCACUGGAAUUAAGCACACCAAACGAACGGCCUCAAGUGAUGAAGAAGAAGUUGCACCAAGAAAUGUGGCAAGAACUGGAGAUCACGACGAGGCCUUAUCCCAACAACGAAGUAGCACCCCUGGAAACAGUCGAGCAUUUGCUUCACCAACCCCGAGACCUGCUCCUGCGGGCCAGAAGAUCCCAUUGUACGAGGUGGCACAUAGCAGAGCUGGGGAUAAAGGAAACGACUCGAACCUCUCUCUCAUACCGCACUUUCCUGGAGACGUUGAGAGGUUGAAGCUGAUCAUAACGCCAGAGUGGGUGGCCAAAGUUCUGUCCCCUCUCCUGAACGACUCAUCGUUUCUGGACGCUGAAGGUGUCCUGGAGAGAGAUACAAGAGUCGGCGAACAAGUAGGCGUGGAGAUAUAUGAAGCGAGGGGGAUCCGUGCUCUGAACAUCGUGGUGCGGAACAUUCUAGAUGGUGGAGUCAACUGCUCUAGGAGGAUCGACAGGCAUGGUAAGACCAUGUCGGAUGUCUUGCUUUGUCAGCAGGUUGUGUUGCCUCCAGAGAAAAGUGGGCUUUUAAGUUUUCUGCCGCAAAAAUGGGCGUAAAACGUCGAUGGAUGUGAGGUUUCAGAUAUCAGUUUGUGUCCAGAACUUUAUCAGGAAAAUUUGGGAUGUCUUCGUGACGUCUCCUUCUGUUAUAGGUCGAUAUCUUCCUUGGAUCAUGCUAUAAGGAAGUUGAGAUGGAGCAACGCGUCUGAAUUUGAACUUCACUUGGCUGUGAAAUACAAGAUUUGUAGUUACUACUGAGUGAGCAGUGAGCACUAUAUUAUUAUUAUUAUUAUUAUUAUUAUUAU